CUGUCACAGCCGUGUUUGUUGUUUUCCCGUGCCCGCACGUUGUGUGUAUCGAACUCGCUCGGGAUGAAGACGGACAAUAAAUCACACUCACACCGUCCGAAAGGUGGUGGCCAACGGAACCGAGGUAAUGCAGGCCAAGGCAAACGGAAGGACAAAUUCUUCCUCGAUGUUCCAAAGUCGGAAAACAAACCGUACCAACAGCAGCGGAAUCAAAAGGAUGGUGGUAGUGGCGGCGGUGGCAAUGGAAGACCGUUUGGAAAGCGUGGUUCGGGCGUGCAGAAAACGGUAGCGUUCAAGCCCAAGCAGCAGGGACACCGGCAAGGAGGCGGCGGUAAAAAGCCAUCGUACAACAAAAACAACCCCAACAGCAAAAACAACAAGUACAGCAAACCACCGGGAGGCCGACCACCGGGCAACAAAGGCAAACCGGACGGAAGGAAAGGUGGCGGUGCAGCGCAAUCAUCCAGCGAACCGCCGCACUUUGAAGGCAAACCGGAGAAGGUGAACUACUGUCUGGCGCCGGACCGGCUGGAGGCACAGGCGCGGGCAAUUAAGCAGAUCGAGCGGCAGGAGCGGGAGGCGGAGUUCGAGCGGAAGAAGCAGGACCGGCAGCUGAAGCACAAAAAGAUGACGCAGAAGACGCGCAAGGGCCAGCCGGUGAUGCAGGGCCGGCUGGAGAUGCUGUUCGAGAAGGUGAAGAAGGUGGUCGGCGUGCAGUAAUGAGGCUUGGAGUGAGUGUGUGAGCGAACCUUGGUAUGUAAUCCCCAUCCUUGAGUGUGGCCUUGAGAAGGUGUAAUAAACAAUGCUUAAUUCAAUAAGGUAAACAAUA